UGCUCACGUCAGACAUGCAUUCUGAUGCGCUGAAGGGCUAUCGCCCAGGCCCACGCUCCUGGCGUAUGCUUUCUCAAUGGGACUACCAUUGCUUUGUUGCGCAUACUCGUGCUUUCUAUAUCAACAAGGGCUGUGUUCCCUCCGGAGGCUUAUCUGAUUUUCCGAGCCUAACAAGCUGACACGCUAGUGCCUUUACAAAUAUCUAAAGAGCUCGAUACGGCGUGGAUCAGUGGACAAAAACGGAAAAGAAGCCCCGACAUAUUGUGAUACAGAGCAUCACGCGCAAAAUCUGCCUGAUGGACUGCCUGCAUACACAGAUAUGCUAUCUAGGGUCAUCCCUGGGCAUUAAUAUUACGUGACCACCAACAUUUCGACAACCGCGCGAAUCAACAACACGCGUCGCGCGUUUGGCGAAUGCCCCGACUCUUCCCCCGCAAUAUAUGUGUCUUUUAUAGGUCCACCCCACGAAAGUUAACCAAGCCCAACCACCAC